AUGGCUGACUUAAAUGGAGAUGAAUCCAAAAUGGCAAAAGCUCUUAAGAGACAACCAGAUUGGGUAUUGCAGAAGCUUGGAUUAGAAAGAGAUGUCGUUCAAAUCCCUAAGUCAAACAGGGUUGAAGAAGAGAAGGGAAUAGGUAACAAUGGUAAUAAUGGAAAUUAUGGCAACAAUGGUAAUGAAAAUAAUGGAAAUCGAAAUAAUAAUAAUCAAAAUGGUGGUGGAGGCAACAAUGGAAACAACGGUAAUAAUGGAGGAAAUAGAAACUAUCAAACUAACAACUAUGGUGGCAGACUACCUAUGACUAUUGAAAGAUAUAAACAGUUGGAUUUUAGUGGGAUAGUUGGAUAUUCAAAUCAGAUUUCAAAUUCUUUAAGGUCAGCCAUCCCUAAGUUCAUAGGUAAUGGAAUUGAUUCUGCAGAACAGCAUGUAAUAAAUGUAAAAAAUACCAUUAAAGAAUUUGAAAUCCCUUGUGAAGAUUUUUUUAUGAAACUGUUUGUUCAAUCUCUAACAGAGGAUGCAGGAGAGUGCAAGACUCACUAUGAGAUUCUAUCUCAUAAGCCUACCACCUUGCAGCAAGCAUUUAAGACAACCACUACCAUUGAAAAUAACAGAAAAGAUGUUGGGAGAAUUGGCAAGAGAGAUGAUCCAAAAUUAUAUAAUCCCAGAGCAACAAAAAUGGAUGAGUUUAGCCAAAUCAUGGACAUGUUGAAAGAUAUGAAGGGUAAGAAAAAUCACAAUGAGAAUCCACCCCCAUAUAGAAGCAAUAAGCCAAUGAAUUACAAUAGGCCAAGAUUGCAUGACAUGCCAUAUAACACAAACUGGAAAGAUGGUAAGCCGGUGAAUGCAAAUCUAAGCAAAGAAACUCCUGAUCCAUUGAAGAAAGAAAACAAUUUUGUGGAGGACUAUCCAUGGUGUGAAGUCUACAAUUUGCCCCAUGUUGCAUAA